AUUUUGAAACCAUUGUAUUUGGUUUUUCAAAGGAAAGCAGGAACAAUGAAGAUGGAUAAAUUGAGCGACUUGAAGCACCUAUUUGUUACUGUAUUUCUUGCAAAUUUUGCGUUGAAUGUGAUUCCUCCUGCCAUAACUGAUAUCACAGUUGGCGCACUCUGCCCUUCUCAAGACGAAUGCUCACUUGCCAUUUAUCUCUCUGGUUUCCAGCAAGCUAUCUUAGGGCUGGGAUCAAUGAUGAUGUUGCCAUUGCUUGGACAUCUAUCUGAUAUAUACGGAAGAAAAGCUUUGCUUACAGUUCCGAUAGCUGCCUCCAUUAUUCCGUCAGUAAUAUUGGCAAUCGGCAGAUCAACAAACUAUUUCUACGUGUAUUAUGCUGUAAAAACCUUCACUGGUAUGGUCAGUGACAGUGGAAUUGAGUGCCUCUCCAUUGCUUAUGCGGCAGCUAAUAUAUCAGAAGAAAAACGUGUUUCUGCAAUUGGAUUUGUUGCCGGCAUAGGCUCUGCUGCAUCUCUUUUGGGUACCAUGGCUGCUCGUUUCCUCUCCACUGCACAGAUCUUUCUGAUAGCUGCCAUUUCUUCAAUGGUUGCAACAAUUUACAUGAGAAUAUUUGUAAAGGAGACGAGCGGCAGUAUUGACAGUGAACCACUAAAUCAACCUAUAUUGAUCGAUAAUGGUGAAGAAUGUUCUCAAUCAAAAAGUGUGUCACAGAGCUUUAAGGAAGUGUUACCACUCAAGGAUAUUUUCUGCUUGCUGAAGAGUAGCGUGACGCUUUCGCUAGCAACAGUGGUUGCUAUCUUGAAUGGUCUAGGAGAAGGUGGACAACAAACUCCAUAUUUGUACUUCUUAAAAGCUCGACUUCAAUACAACAAAGAUAACUUUGCUGUUUUAAUGCUUAUUGGCUACACUGGAGCAGCAAUUGGCCAGUUAUUCUUGAUGCCUCGGUUGGCUCCUAUUACAGGAGAGGAGGCAAUUCUCUCCUUAUCCUGCAUCGCUGGAUUUAUAAGUAUGCUAAUUGUUAGCAUUGCAUGGGCAGUAUGGGUUCCUUAUGUUGCUAAUUUGUUGCCUAUCAUUGCCUUCCUUACAAGACCUGCUUUACAAAGCAUUGUUUCAAAACAAGUUGGACCAAAUGAGCAGGGAAUUGCUCAAGGGUGCAUUGCAGGCAUAAGCUCAUUUGGCAAUAUUCUUUCUCCAUUAAUAUAUACUCCUCUAACAGAUCUAUUUUUAUCUGAGAAGGCUCCAUUCAAUUAUCCUGGAUUCAACUUGUUCUGCGUCGGCCUUGCUUGGUUGAUAGCUUUAAUCCCUAGUAUGAUGAUACAGUUUGGUACCAAAAAUUCAAGACUCAAAAUCAGAGACGGUGGCCGUACCUUGGAUGCCUAAUUUUUGAGGUUCAAAGUUCUUCUUUCUUUCAACUAAUUUUAAAAAGUAUGUAUCAUCUAGGAAG